AUGGGCUCGCCAGAACGACGCGAACGGGGGUUUGGAAAAAGGAAUUCUGUCUUCACGCUGCGGUCUCGAAGUAACACUGCCUCCACCACGUCGUCUUUUGUCUCUCGCACUUCGACCAUCACCUCCAUGACUGGUAUUGACAUGUCGUCGCGUCGAUCUUCGCAAGACCUGUCUGGAAGCCAACCCAAUCAGCAAUUACCUGCACAAAAGCGAUCACUGUUUUCCCGAGGCAAGAAACUAAGGCGUCAGAGCAGCCAGGUGUCCACCCUGUCAGGUUUGGAUGGAAUAGAAGAGGCGGAUUCUUAUAAAAGGGCUUCGGUUCUACGGAAGGAUCAUAACUUGUCCCGAUGGGGCUCACACAGUCCAAUUUACGACCUCAAGGAGCAUAUAUCAAGUCCCUUCGACUUCCAGCACCUCACCCAUACGCAACGUCAGCAAUUUCCGGCUCUCGAACGCGUUCCACAGAAUGAGCUGGUUGCGGAAUACUGGGCGGUGCGCGCUUCUCAAGUGCCGCGUCGCGAGCUACAUGGCAUCAAGGCGGACGAUUUACACUUCCAGAAUUUCUCGUCAGAGGCUGUGGAUUCGACAGGCCCCACUAUGCGCUCCCAUUCAUCGUUUGCUAAAUCUCCGCCAUUGAGCCCACAAACGUCGCGCGAAUAUUUUACACAGGGAACUCCAUCUCCAGUGCUAGGCGCGAGACCAAGCUUGAGACACAGUCGGUCGGUUGAGAGUUUCUCGCAGCCGGUUGUAAAAGCACGUCACCGACUCUCACAGUCGGUGAAUCCUCCGCCACGGAGCUCUUCGCGUAUGGCCCUUGAGCGCAUUGAUGACUCCCAGGAGCAGUCAGCAGAAACUGGAUAUGCAGCCUCAUUACGCGGGCGUUACUCGAGAGUCUCUGCAGCAUUUGACCGUUCAACUCCGCCUAGUCGUCCCUCGACUGCUGGUAGUUUAUCCACCGUAACAGCUGAAGCAACCUUUAUUGCUCAAGCCGUCACCACACCAGAUGACACCGCCAUACCAGCUCUGUCGCCAGGUUUCACCUCAGACUUGGAAAAUGUUCCCGAGGAACCAGAAAGAUUCUUCAACCCACGCCCUGCACCUCAACCACCACUCAAAAGUCCAUCAUUUGAAGGGUACAAAUUGCCACAAUGGUCGCCAACUUCACGCUCGACUAGCCGGACAAGCUCAUAUGGCACUCCAAAGUCAUUUUCUCAGCGCAGCCCAAAAGCGAGACCGACCUCCCAGAUGUCGGAUACUCUGGGCUCUCCCAUUCAGCUACGGUCUGGGAAGAGUUCUAAUCGGCAAUCGCCUGCAGCCAAGAGACAAUCUGUCUACUGGAAGAACAUUGACGAAUCCUGGGAAGACGAUAUCGACUAUUGUUAUGAGCAUGCAGCUGAAGCAGAUUGCGAUUACGAUUGGGACCGCAACUCUAUCGAGUGCGACGAGGAGAAGGAUAGGCCUGUAUCACCACGAACCCAACCAAACGACGUUUCCCAAAGCCCGACGCAUAGUCCCAUCACUGAGGAGGAAGAUGAUGAUGAGGUAAUGCAGACGCGCUUCUUUCCCGGGGUGUUUAGACCAUCGCUACUCGUGCCGAGUGCGACCAGUCUGCCAGAGCUUGAUCACCGGUCGGCCUUAUCUACGUCAACUGUCGAUACUGGUGCAUUGACACCCUCAGACGUCUUCAGCUCGGCCCCCGUCCAUGAAGCACGUGUCACCAGCUAUAUGGAAUCUGAGGGCUUCUCCCUGACCCCGUCACUACUUGUUCCGCAAGAUUUCAAAUACCAGUCUAUGCGAGAGGAGAUGUACGAGGACUUGCUGGCCGAAUACGAACACUCGGAUCAUCACUACCCGAUUCUGGACACCGCUCAGAGUGUCUCUGGAUCCAGUCGCAGCAGCCGCACCCGUCUCAGCAAGCGAAGCUCUUACGAUAGCAGUCUCCUGUCAGGCCAAGGUUCCAUCAGCUCUCCUGUACGCCGAUCAGCCAGCUCCUCUGGGAGCCUCCCCGAGCUCGUGCAUAGCCGCCGCGGGCGGAAGAUCCUCGACCUGAUGGUCGAUCAGCUCAGCGAGCAAGCUCACACCUUCGCGCACCUCGAUGAGGACGACGAGGACGACGGCGUGGACCGUCCGUCCACAGCUACCGAGCGCACCUUCUUCGCUGACGACGAUGAUCACACUCCAACGCAAGACGAGGAUUCUCAGAAGCUCGAGCCCGUCUCUGCACCCGCAACUGCCCCUACACCUUCCGCUCCCGCCCACCACGAACGCGCAGCAUCGGACGGCGCCGCGAAACUGCUUUCAUCGGCGUCGCGCGCGCCCAUCACGUCAACCAAGACGCGUGCCAGAGCGGCAAGCGCCGCGACGGCGUACAAGCCGAAGCAGCAGACGUACACUCUAUCUCUAUUCCCUGCGCCGCCGAAGGCGAGGAAGGCGAAUUCUUGA